GUGAUACCAUUAUUUUCUGUGACUCGUAUAGGGUAUACGUGCAGAAGUAAGCGCACGACCCAUUAUCCAUUUUCAUUGCUCUCGACUCUACGCUGAACUGUGGCGAAAAAUGGUGGCAUUGUUCGCUAGCGCUAAUGUGUAUGCACCGCUACCACUGUGGUCUUCCAUUAGAAAAGAAUCAAAGUAUCUUUUCCAUUGUCACCCAACAAUUCACAGUCAACAUUUCUCCUCCUCUUCUUCUUCUUCGUCGUCGUCGUUAUCAAUUCAGCCCCCAACUCGUUAUUUCCAAAUUGUAUCUUGUUAUCCUCUGUCUUCUUCCCCAACGACUCGCUUCAACUUCAAUCCCUCUACCAAGCUCUUUGUCAGUGGACUCUCAUUUCGUACAACUGAAGAGAGCUUAAGAAAUGCCUUCAAGGACUUCGGGGAGAUCGUGGAAGUGAAUUUGGUGAUGGACAAAAUUGCCAACAGACCAAGAGGAUUUGCUUUCCUUCAUUAUGCUACGGAGGAGGAAUCACAGAAAGCAAUUGAGGGAAUGCAUGGCAAGUUUCUGGAUGGCAGGGUAAUAUUUGUUGAAGUCGCUAAGCCUAGAUCUGAACUUCGUCGAGGCCCUAAUCAAAAUAAAAGACAAUGAUGUAGGCAUGCAUCCCUAAUCAAGACUCAUCUCCAAGGUCCAUAAUAACUGUUAUGAGGGAGGAAUGAAUAGUGGACGGCUUCAUUUAAUCAUCGUGCAUCUACACUUUUAUCAGAAUGUUUCUGCUCAACUUGCUCUACCGAGGGAUGAAGAUUGCUUACUUCGAUACAAGCAAAAUUAAUCUGGACGCAAAAUGGUGAUAAUCAUUGAUUCAUUAUUGCAUUUCCAAUCCUCUCUCACACAAUUGUGCAAUUACUAACAUGUAGUGCUUGUUGUACAUGAAACCAGCUAUUUGAUGUGAGGCCAAAAAUUUGGCAGCACAGCUUUUCUUAAUUAUAUAACUCCAUUUGUUUGUACCAUAAACUCUGAGAAGACAGACUCUUCUUGUUGGUGGAGGAAAUCUAAGAAAGCCCUUCCUUUUAGCUAAUUCUAAGUUUGUGCUA